AUGCUAUAAGAUCAUGCAUUGGAGCAGCUAUGAUUGCAUGACAAUCAUCGAGUACCCCCUCAGUCAGUGCUACAAUUUAGGAAAUAAAAAGUGAGAGAGGUUAUGAUCUUCCCUUACUUUCUGUGUGGACAGCGGCUGGUGUUGCAAGGUGAAUAGCGAGAUACCACUAGGUUAUAUGUCAGACAUGAUACAGCCACGGCUCUAACUUCGGUCAAUCACAUGUGCCUAACGGGGCAUGAUUAAAUUGAGGCUGGUAUUUGAGCCCGUGGCUACCCUCGCUUCAACCGGAAGCUUUUACUGUCGCAAAUUCCUGUUACGGCUCUACCAAGGGAGAUUAUUGAGAUCUCGCCGCGAAAGUCGAAAAUGGUGGAUCCUUUGAGCAUUGCUGCCUCGGUGCUGACUGUUAUUACAGCUGCCGUUCAGUCGACGAAGUCGCUAUAUGAAACCGUCAAACACUUCAAAGAGCGCGACAAAACUUUACGUAGGCUUCAAGAUGAGCUCGAGGAUCUCGCCAAUAUUUUGGAAUCGUUGACACAAGUGGCCAAUGCUGAGAUGGCAAUGUUGGCGCUUCUUCAAGUUCCUGUUGAUCGAUGGAGCCAAGUAUGCCGCCAGUUUGUCCCCCUCGACCCAUUGAAAGAGUCAUAUCCCCUCCCAAAGUAAACUUCGUUCCCCCCAUCCUCACUGGAGGCGUCGAAGCCACUAUAUAAAGACUUAUGGUGGCUGGAGAGAGUUUUGAUGACUGGUGCCUGUGUCCCGGGCAAUACAUCCCAUAAAGCUGACAUGUUGAAUGCUCCAUCACUGAAGUUGUACUUACAGUUGAGUUUGAGAUUGACUUCCAUAUCUAGCUGUGUCAAAUCUUGUUUCCAAACCCUAAUUCUGUAUGUGUAGCUGUAUACGGCUA